AUGGCGUUUAUGUUUAAGCGAGAAGGCUGUUACAGCAAAAACAGACUAAGCGAAUUAUUUAGAAAAAAUAAAAGCUUUGUCAAUCAGCUGAUGUACGAUUUAACGUCAUUUCAUUACGAAAAUUAUAUGAAAAAGAAAAUUCACAAAAAUAUUAUGAACAAUUACAAUAAUAUUGAAAAAAUACAGUCGAUGCUAAAUUUAAUAAACGGUGAUAAAGAAAAUGCUUUUAAAAUUAAAACAGGCCACUUUUACUUUCGCAGUGGGGUUUCAGUUAUAACUCCACAUAUACAUCAAACCAACGAAUUUGCCGAGAAUAAUAAUUACAUGUACAAUUUUAAAAACAUUAAAAAAAAGUACUUGAAAGAAGUGUACGAUUCGUAUAAGCACAAAAUUGGUGGAACAGAUCCGUCCGUUCCUGUUUUUUACAAGCAUAAGUAG